CGCAACGUCGCAUAGCCACUACUAUGAUAACGCUGGGGGAAUUUGACACAAUUGCGCUUAUGUUUCUAUAUGCUCUUUGAAGAACUCGAGGUUAAAAAACGAUAAAAAGCUAACCUUGAAAUUAAUAUUUAAUCCUUGUGGAAAUAAUAAAAUAGAGAUUGGAAAAGGAUCAAUAAAGAUGCGUGAGACAGUUUUUCCUCCCCCUACAAUCUCCACAACACAGAAUGGGCUGGUCGGGGGAUCACGUGUUCCAGGUUUCCUGGGUGGAACAACCAGAGUGGGAGGGAGAGACUUUUAAGGACUAGAGUAGGGGUGGAAACCGGAAACAGUCGCUGAUGGAGCAAUGGCGAUCUUCAGUGUUUAUGUGGUGAACAAGGCUGGCGGCCUGAUCUACCAACUGGACAACUACGCGCCUCGAGCCGAGGCUGAGAAAACCUUCAGCUACCCACUGGACCUGCUACUGAAGCUACACGACGAGCGCGUUCUCGUUGCCUUUGGCCAGCGGGAUGGCAUCCGGGUGGGCCAUGCGGUUCUCUCUAUCAACGGCGUGGACGUGAAUGGCAAGUACACUGCAGAAGGGAAGGAGGUGCUGGAGUACUUGGGCAACCCGGCCAACUACCCCGUGUCCAUCCGCUUCGGCCGGCCGCGGCUCACGUCCAACGAGAAGCUGAUGCUGGCCUCCAUGUUCCACUCGCUGUUUGCCAUCGGCUCCCAGCUGUCUCCCGAGCUGGGGAGUUCCGGCAUCGAGAUGCUCGAGACCGACACCUUCAAACUGCACUGCUUCCAGACGCUCACAGGUAUCAAGUUUGUAGUACUGGCAGAUCCUCGACAAGGUGGAAUUGAUUCUCUCCUUCGAAAGAUCUAUGAGAUUUAUUCAGACUUUGCUCUCAAGAAUCCAUUCUACUCUUUGGAAAUGCCUAUCAGGUGUGAGCUGUUUGACCAGAAUCUGAAGCUAGCCCUGGAAGUGGCUGAGAAGGCUGGGACUUUUGGGCCAGGAUCAUAGGCCCUCCAGCAAAAAACAAAACUUGAGAUGGACUCAGCUAUUUUACUAGAGUGGAAAUCCAAAUACCCACGUUAGAGUACAUCAAGAAGAAUGGACUCUGAAGCGAGAGAGGGUUAUGUGGUAUCUUUAAAAACCAACUGUUCAGUAUGCCGUCUUCUCUUCCCUGUAUAUAAUGGUCCUACCUCCCUAAAGUUGUACAGAUCUAUUUAUGGAAGGAGUGAGACAUGAUUGAAAAUGCUAAUAAACAUUCCUGUGAACUCUGG